GAUUCUAUCAUUGCGCAAGACAAAUUACGCGGUUACUGCGCUUUGUUUUGAUUGUAACUUCGAUGUUAGCUGCUGUUGAUUGUGAUUAUCUUAAAAGUUAUCGCUAAAUUGCAAAAUGGCUGAUGAUUAUGAACCUGAUGAUCCCGUUGGAGAAGAUUAUGACGAUCCAGAACCAGAAGAUGAAGCUCUGGAUGAAAUUGAGCAAAAUGAAGAUGAUAAUAUAGAAUUAUUACCCGCUUCUGAAGCUCAACCACAGAUGAAUCAGAAAAAAAUUACUACACCAUAUAUGACAAAAUAUGAAAGAGCUCGUGUACUAGGCACAAGAGCACUGCAGAUAGCCAUGAAUGCACCUGUCAUGGUUGAACUAGAUGGUGAAACAGACCCUUUGCAGUUAGCAAUGAAAGAAUUGAAAGUUCGUAAGAUUCCUAUCAUCAUAAGAAGAUAUCUACCUGAUGGGAGUUAUGAGGAUUGGGGCAUUGAUGAACUGCAGAUCACCGAGUAAUUUCCAGCACUUAAUUGCAAAUUUAAAUUGUGUAAAGGAUACUGAUUUACUCUGUGAACUUAAAAUGUUUUGUUUAUUUUAGGAGUUAAUUUGGGGCCAAAGCAUUUACAAUUACAUUAAUAUUUAUUAUUAGUGAUAAGAAUUUUUUUAAAAUCCUCAUUCAUGAAUUCUUUUUAAAAGUUCAUUUAAAUUUUUGUUCGUUCAUUGUUCAUCACUACUUGUAAGUAUGCGGUCUUCAAACAAAAAUGUUUCUCUCUUCAUCUUGUAAAAUAAUUCAGAAAAAUGAAACAUUUUUGACUAGGGCAUUAAAAGUUGCAAACUUUUUUUUAUAGUGUGCUUUGAAAUUCUUAAAACAUUCUUUUUCAAGUUUUAAAGCAUUGUAUUAUAAGCAUCUUUAUUCUUUUUAUAUUUUGUUUAAUAAAAAUUUAUGUAAAGUUA